GUGCCAGCAGAUGAUGAGGAUGACUCUUCAUCCGAUGAUAACAGAAAGAAAAGAAAACAAGAGACGGUAAAAAAGGAAUACUCAACCCCAAAAGGGACGAAAAGAUCCAAUCAACACUUAGAACGAAAGAAGAAGCUAUUGGAUGAUACAACGGCCGUGCAAUCGCUUAUGAUAGAAAUAAUCCAACAAAUUGAGCGCAAUGAAAGCAAGAAAGAGGGUGAACCCAAAUUGGUGACCUUACAAUGUGUCAAAACAUCUGGAAAUGUUAACACCUCAUGUAAAAAAACUAAUACCGGACGAUAUUAUUUACCAAACCUGGACAUGAUUAUCACAUUUCAUUUUUAA